UUUGUCAUGUCUUUGCUCAUAUUCCGUUUUUCUCGUAAUACAUGACUCAAACUAAUCAAUUGUAGCCUAUAUCGAUGGCCCAUAAUGGAAUCGCCAAGUUGUAGCAGCUUAUAGUAUACAACACCCUUUUGGUCCCAACAGAUACACAGCAUGACCUUCGAAUCAUGAAUAUUCGGCUUUAGUAUUAAUGUUGAGGUCGAUGGCAAUGAUUGACAUAGCGUAGUAUUUUUUUUUCUUGGGGUUAUCGUAGAAUAUCCAUUUCUCAUCCCCAGUCACAAUCCGAUGUAAAAACCCUUUCUUUGUUGCGUUUGAAUCAGCUGCUCGCAAGUAAAAAAUCGCCUUUCAACGUCUCUCUGUUUCAGUUCAUAAAGCACCCAAUUGCCUUGCUUGUGAAUCAUUUUAGCACAUAACGUAUUAACUGUGUUAUAUGGGAAUCUACUGUAUAUACUAAAUACUACCUAGUCAAUUACAAGACUGAUAUUCAUGAUAUAUUUGCAAGCGGUGUACGAUUUGAACUGAAUUAUAACGUGAUAAAUUUUAACUGCGACAACUUGAAGUGUUGCGUAGAUAGUAGGAAAAUGUUGAUACCGUUACGUAACAAUGACAGAUUUAAUAACGAAACAAAUAAAGAAAAUAAUCCUGUAAUAAAUGAGCAAAAUGAAGUAGCAUUUGGUUGGGAUGACUCAAGCGCCAAAUUAUUUUUAAGUUUUUUUAAGGAUGAAAGUGAACAGUUAAAAAAUAGAAACAAAUGAAACGCAAAAAAUUAUGUGGAACAACAUUUUAUCAAAAAUGCAAAAGAACGGAUACAAUACAACCACAAUACAAGUGGAAAAUAAAUAUAAAUCACUCGAGAGAUAAUACAAGAAUAUGAUAUCGAAUAAUAUAAAAACAGGUAGAGGCCAUACAUCGUGUGCGUAUGAAAGGGAAUUUUCUGAAUUUCUAAAAUCGAAACAUAACAUACAGCCAUUGGCUGUAUGUGGUAGUGAAAGCUUAAUUGCGAAAGAAGACCAAAGAACAAAUCAAUUAUCUGUAGAUAUUAUUAGUGAGCCCGACGUAGACGAACCAGAAACAGUAGCAAGUACAUCAACAGAGAACAAUUCAAGCAGAGCUAUAAAUAAUCAACCAAAGCAAGUGUUACGAAAAAAUUCCCUAUUACAUUACAGCCAAUUCAAAGGAAGCAUUUAGACACAACAGCUCGAAUGUUGGAAAGUUGUCAAAAAACAAUUGAGAAAUUUGCAACCGAUUUCCAAGACGAUAGCAAUAUUAAACUUGAAAUACAAAAAAAGAUGCUGAAGGAAUAUCAAAAAAUAAGAUUAGCAUAUGAAGAAAGUGUGAAAUAACUAACAAAAGGUAAUGAAAUAAAAGAAGAGAAAAAUCGACUGCUGAAGGAAAUCUUUGAUUUUACAAAAUAACAACAUAGAUAUAAGUAUUUACGGAUUAAAACAGUUUCUAGUAUUAUUAUUAGCAUUUCUUCGGAGUUUUAGUUUUCAGACUAUUACUUUAAUGAAUGUGAUAUUUCUCAGUAUUAAUAUGAAAACUUUGUUUUUUGUUUUGUUCUGGAAAAUUUUAUUUUGUU